AUGGAGCUGUCAUUCAUCAAUCAUGGCACGAACCAUCGGAGCUUGAGUGACGCAGACCGGAGCACGAUACGGAAAAUCUCCAGGCAGGUGGGAGCCGCAACACGGAAAGCGAAGGACAACGGGAAGAAGGUCAAUGUUCUACAAAUCCCGGAUUUUCUAACUGCAGACGCUGAGAGUGUUGCCAGUGCGCAACAGUCAGCUGGCUACUCUCAAGAACCCGGAUGCCUCGUCAAAGUGAAGCCACAAAAGCCGCUGGGGCAUUCUCGAGAGCUAUCGAAUCGCGAGCGAAAGCAUCACUGCUUAACAACCAGCGUUCCUGCCUCGUUGGCACUCUCCUCCAAUGGCCGGCCCUUUCCGUCAUCCAUGUCUGUUUUCAUGCUGCCUGACCUCACUACAAGACUGCUCGACUAUGCAACGGGCCAGGAUGUGCUGACAAAUCCUCUACGUUGGGUUAAGGCCUUUCGCCUGAGUCGACAAUCCGUGCUCCGGUUUCUACCUCUGUGCUAUGGUCAUAGCAAGUGCCUGGACGAUGCCAUCAAUUGUGUCGCUGCACGUCUCCAGCUAUGUCUGGCAGGCAAUGGCCAAGGUCAUACAAGCCAGUUGCAGGUGGCCAGAUUGUAUGGCCGCGCCUUGAGGAGCCUGAAUGCCGCCCUUACCUCCUCCGACCGGAUUGACUGGACCAUGUGGUAUGCGACACUGACUUUGCUUCUGUCCGAGGUAUUGGACGAAAGCAGUCGACAUGGCUGGAUCAUGCAUGCUCGUGGAGCAUUCGACAUCUUGCUUGCAUUAGGUCCGGACAACAUCCGCACGGAAAUUGAGAAAGAUAUGUUCAUAACGCAGGCUGGUGGCAUGAUCAUGGAAGCCACCUUCGCCAACAUCGGCUGUUACUUGAACAGACCCGAAUGGCAAAAGGCCCUUCAAUCGGCCAUAGAUCAUUCCGCCCAGCUCAGACAUCGUUCCGAGUCGACCGUGAAGCUAUGGAUGAUUUUGGCUUCUGUUCCAGAGUUGUUCAGGAGAGUCACCGAAGCAGUCAUGCAGCAACGUCUUGAAGAAAAGAUUGCAUUGAUGGCGCGUCUUCACAUCUUGCUCGAAGACCUGACAGCUUGGGGCGCUCACCUUCGGUCGGAAGAUGGCACCUUCCGCACCCACUAUGCUCGUAGGCACUAUAAGUCGACAACCACAAGAUACCUGGUAUAUGUGGCUUUAGCAAAUCGUUUCCUCACCGCGAUUGACGCAGACUCGGCAUCUGUGACAGAAACCAAAGCGAUGGAGACGACAUCAUAUAUCGGACAAGUUAUCGAAUCCCAUCAGCUCAAAGCGGCCUCACCUCCAGCAUUGAGACUUGCGAAAAAGGUUGUCUUGUCAAUCGAGGCUACGACACGGGAUUGGUCCCAGCCAGAGACCACGGGAACCUCCGCCUUCUCUGGGACAAUCGAGCCCAAGGUAUUUUCGUACUGGUCUUCACUAAUGGGCCGAGAAAUAUAAAGUUCAGGGCAGUCUCUCAGCAAAUGGGUUCUUCUCGUGAUACUCGGCCUCCUGAUGGACAUUUUGUGAAAAUCCUGCAUCAUGCCGGAAGUCCUCGCGCUGGAAGAACCCGCUGACGCGCAAUAUCGGC